AUGUCGACAACCGGAGGAAGGACAUUGAGUUUGGGGUUGGCAAUGAAGGUAUUCCUCUGGGUUUCUCCAACAAAAGGCUUGCUAUGGUUCAACAAGAAGGGAAAACUGAGCUCAAGGUACAUUGGACCAUAUGAAAUUUUGAAGAGAAUUGGACUGCUAGCAUACCGAUUGGCCCUACCGCCACCUUUGGAGGCCAUUCAUGAUAUAUUCCAUGUGUCGAUGCUAGAGAAAUACAUCAACAACUUGACACAUGUACUCUCGGCAGAAUCAGAGCAGCUUGAUGCUGACAUGACUUAUGAGGAGCAGCCGACGGAGAUAUUAGAUAGAAAUGAACAUGACCUCCGCAACUGCACGGUUGCGUUAGUUAAAGUUAUAUGGGGAAACCACCCGCCCGAGGAAGCAUCUUAG